AUGGACGACGACGCGAAUCCAGACGAUGAAAAAUUCUUGCAAAGUCUUCAGAAUUUGAUGAAAAUUGGCGAGCAGUUUAAAAAAUUGCAAAAGAACAGUGAGUUUGUGUCAAAUUUUGCCGAAAAAUCGAGAAAAAGUUUUAGAGCCAGCAGCAGCUGAGUCAGAGAGUCAAGUUCCUAAUGAGAAUGAAGAGGAAAGUGACGAGAAGCCGGUUGAGAUUCCCCCAGAGCAACAAAUCGAGCCGGCGGAACGAAUCGAACCGCUCAAGUCGAUGGUGGCGCCGGAAUACGUGAGGAAGGUGAUAAAAGAGAUGGACGUAAUGACGACGGAGCAGCUGAAGCAAGCUUUGCUUAAAAUUAAGGCGCCCAUAGGGUAUUCUAAUCAAGAUUGAUGUUCAAAACUCGCGAAAUGUUUCAGUGGAAACCGAAAAACGCUUCGAAAACGUGUGGCCAUGUACUAUCGCAAAGAAAACCAACUGCUCAAUCGAAAAAUGGACCCGAACUCGGACAAAACCGCGAGGUAUUUCGAUUAUCUCAUUGUAAGUCUCAAGUUUUCCUUAAUUUUUAACUUCAAGACAAUGUUUCAUGUUUAGGCGAUAGAUUUCGAGUGCACAUGUGUUGAAGUGAUUUACGAUUAUCCACACGAAAUCAUCGAGCUGCCCGCCGUUCUCAUCGAUGUCAGAGAAAUGAAAAUUGUAAGAAACUUAUAAAAUAAUCGGAGUUUUGACACAGCUGUGAUUUUCAGAUCAGUGAAUUCCGAACGUACGUGAGGCCAGUCCGCAAUCCGAUUCUCAGCGAUUUUUGCGUUCAGUUUACAAGUAAUUCUUCACUUAUUUCUAUUUUCAUCUUGAAUAUUAAUAACGAAUACCUCAGAGAUCCAUCAGGAAACUGUGGAAAAUGCUCCGUACUUCCGAGAAGCCCUCCUUCGUCUUUACACGUGGAUGCGAAAAUUCGGGCUUGGCGAGAAGAACACACGAUUCGCAUUUGUUACGGAUGGGUUAGGAGUUCUAACGAAAAACCGUGAAUAAUCAAACAGUUUCCAGUCCUCACGACAUGUGGAAGUUCAUGCAAUUCCAAUGCCUACUGUCCAAUAUUCGAAUGCCGCACAUGUUCCGCAGCUUUAUCAAUGUGAAAAAGACGUUCAAAGAGAAGUUCAACGGACUUGUCAAAGGCAACGGGGUUUGCUUUUUUCCUUUUCAAGUCGAACUUUACAUUAUAUUUUAAAUUCAGAAGUCUGGAAUCGAGAACAUGUUAGAGCGGCUUGGUCUCACGUUCCGCGGAAAUAAACACAGCGGACUGGACGACGCGCGGAACAUCGCCGCGAUCACAAUCGAGCUGAUGAAGCUCAAAAUCGAGCUGAGAAUAAAUCAAAAGUGCUCGUAUAAAGAAGUGCGGGCAGGACAGAAAGAGCACGAAGAAGAGGUUUCUGGAUGCUUCUUCUUCUUUUCUCAUUUGUCGUUUUACAGCUAGAAGACACGGUGGACACGUCGUCAGUGGACAUUUCACGGCGUGACUUCCAACUGUGGCUCCGUCGACUGCCGCUGAAAUUGCAGAGUGUCACUCGUCGCGAGUUCCUCAACGAAGAGUAUCUAGAUUGUGAUUCGUGCGACGAUAUGACCGAUGAUAAGGUUAGACACUUGCACACGUGUAACAUUUAUGAAAUUGUUGAUGAGCAAACCUAAUCGUCUUGUUUUUCCUGUUUGACUAGAGCUUUCAAAUGAAUUCGUUGUUGAUUUUAUCUGAAAAGUUCCGUUUUGAAAGGAAAGCUAUCUGGACUCGAGAAAAUCAUUUCAGGACGAUGAAGCAGCCUACGCAGAGAAAAUGGCAAUCCGGAAAGAGCUGGAAGAGUUGCAGGAUCAGGAACUCGAGCGGAUGUUCGAAAAGAGCGGAUAUUUCGUGAUCGGAGAGGUAGUGCAGAGAGAUGCGACGGAGCACGAAAACGUUGAUAACGACGAGAGUGAGGAGGAGGACUAUCAGGCUCAAUUUGACAUGCUAGAGACGGUAUGGAAGGUUACUGAAUGGUUGAAAAUCGCGAGUAGAGUUCAGAUGACGUCAUUAUCCCGGAAUGAAAUAGAUUUGAAUACAAUUUGGCAACAGGAUGCGCCCGGAAGUGAGAGAGGUUCGUUUUCUGGAGAAGUUGGGUUUCGAAGGAAAAAAGUCAUUCCAGACGACUACUCCUCGCAAUACGCACCGGAGGACUUUGAGCUGAGCGUGCAGUCGACGUCGUCCGCUUCCGCCCACUCUGUGCCGCCCGUCUCCCAUUUAUCCUCGCCACGUCGCCACUCGUCCGUGACAUCAUCGCCAAUGUUCCAGGAUUCGCCGCCGAGAAACUCGUUGGCGAGUUCGAAUCGAAGAAAUUAUCAUCACUACUAG